AGGCGCGGGGCCUGAGCGGCGACGCGCGGGUGCCGGGGCACCCCGGGAGACCUUGGAACACCUUGGCGCGCCGCAGGACGCGACGGCUGCAGUACAUCCGCCGCGCCGCUAGGGGCCAGCGCUGUCGGACCGAGGAGUCCGAGGUGGCGACUGAGUGAGAUACCCAGCUGUGCGGAGCUAGGACGCGGAACAUCCCGGAGGCCGGCAUCAACAUGAGGAGAACCACUGUGGUCUGAAGAGAUGCCACUGCCUGGAGACUGGGGUCUUAACCUCCAGCCUGGCACUGAGCCACCUGCAACGUAGCAGCAGGUGACCUUGGCUCCCAGCCUGACUCAGCUGAACCUGGAUCCUGUGCAUAGGCAAGAGCUGACUCUGAGCCCUCGCCCAGCCAAGCUGACCCCUACACUAGACCCUACACACCGGAUGGAGCUGAUCCUGAGUACCAGCCCAGCUAAGCUGACUCUGGAUCCUGAGUGCCAGCCAAAGCUGCCCCUGGAUUCCACAUGCCAACCAGAGAUGACCUUCAAUCCUGGCCCAACUGAGCUUACCGUGGAUCCUGAACACCAGCCAGAGGAGACCCCAGCUCCUAGCCUGGCUGAGUUGACCCUGGAGCCUGUGCACCGCCGACCUGAGCUCCUGGACGCUUGUGCUGACCUCAUCAAUGAUCAGUGGCCCCGCAGCCGCGCCUCCCGCCUUCACUCCCUGGGCCAGUCCUCAGAUGCAUUCCCCCUCUGCCUGAUGCUGCUGAGCCCCCACCCCACAUCUGAAGCAGCACCCAUUGUGGUGGGCCAUGCCCGCCUGUCACGGGUGCUGAACCAGCCCCAGAGCCUCUUAGUGGAGACAGUGGUGGUGGCCCGGGCCCUGAGGGGCCGUGGUUUUGGCCGCUGCCUCAUGGAGGGCCUGGAGGUCUUUGCUCGGGCCCGGGGCUUCCGCAAGCUGCACCUUACCACCCAUGACCAGGUGCACUUCUAUACCCACCUGGGCUACCAGCUGGGCAAGCCUGUGCAGGGCCUGGUCUUCACCAGUAGACGGCUGCCUGCCACCUUGCUUAAUGCCUUCCCCACAGCCCCCUCUCCCCGGCCACCCUGGAAGGCCCCAAACCUGACUGCCCAAGCUGCCCCAAGGGGUCCCAAAGGACCUCCAUUGCCACCACCCCCUCCCCUACCUGAGUGCCUGACCACCUCACCCCCAGUUCCAUCAGGGCCCCCUUCAAAAAGCCUGCUGGAGACACAAUAUCAAAAUGUGAGGGGGCGCCCCAUAUUCUGGAUGGAAAAAGACAUCUGAGGCCAUCCAGGGCAAGGAACUGUCUUUCUGGGUCAAAAGACUGCCCUGGACAGUCUAUAAGCCUCAGCCCACUGACCAUACCUCAGCCCCUAGCCCCUGGGGGGCAGCUUUAGCCUGGGCAUGUUUCCUGGGUAUCAGUGGGGCCAGGAGGUAGCUCUGGCUCAGAGCCAUCAGUGUGGCUGAAUAAAGGCUCUGUUGGGU